AUGGACAUAAUUUGUUUCCUGCUAGUUAUUGCUGUGUCCAACAUUCAUGCGUAUGAUACUUUUUCUCAAUGUUUACGCGGGUGCAGCUGUGUAGAGGACCGACAUGGAAGGUCACUCAUAUGUAUGGAGGAGAGCGCGUUUGGGGCCAUACCAGAGAACCUUCCAGAUGAUAUGACCAAAAUACGAAUAGAGAAAUCUCACUUCACUGAAAUACCUCGUGGGGCUUUCUCAAAUACACCCUCCUUGGAGAACCUGUGGUUGAACUUUAAUGAUAUCACAGUGAUAAACUCGAAGGGUCUUGAGGGUUUGGGGAACUUGACCGAGCUCCGUCUGCAGGGGAACAAGCUGCGCUCAGUACCAUGGACAGCGUUCGAGGACACGCCAGCCCUCAAGAUCCUGGACCUGAAGCACAACCAACUGGACGUCCUACCGGAGCAUGCGUUAAAAUAUUUGCCAGGUCUGACUUACUUAGACUUAUCCUUCAAUCGACUUACGGUCAUAUCGAAGGAAGUCUUCCAAAACUGGCCUCUUUAUCAAAAACUACAGAGCAUGGAGGAGCUGGAGGCGACCGAGCCGAACGUCGUCCUGGCGCUCCACGACAAUGCCUGGCUCUGCGACUGUCGCCUCAAGGGCUUCGUGGAGUUUGUCAGGUCUCUGAGCCCCCCGAUUAUUCUGAUGAACUCCUACUUGACCUGCUCAGGGCCGGACUUUAGGUCGGGCAAGUUCUUCCACGAGGUAGACAUACAGGCCUGCAUGAAGCCGGUGGUCUCCACCUCGUCCUCCAACAUCAGCCUGCCGCAGGGCACGAACCUCACCCUGCGCUGCCUCGCCAAAGCCAGGCCAAGCCCGGCGGUGUGGUGGACAUAUGGCCUGAAGAUAAUCAGAGGAUUUCAUGAGUCUCAGGAAAGAAUGGAUGAAGACACUAUCAGAGCCCUCCUGGUGAUUCCCUCUCUCCAUGUGGCUGACCGUGGUGUCUACACCUGCAAUGCUGUCAACUUCAUGGGAAACUCCUCCAUCAAUGUCCAACUGGAGGUCCACUCUCUUGAUGGCCCCCAGUCACCACUCCUUCCUGGCUUCCCAGCUGCACCUGCUGCUGGUGAUGAAAACGUCUACAUCGACAUUCGCAUCGCCAAACAGACAGUACGUGGCAUCUCCAUCGAGUGGUAUGCUGCCUUGGACCACCCCACUGAAACCUGGUUCACUAUCCACUUUGGCCGUGCUGAUGUUAAUAAGAAGGAGAUGAUCUACAUUGGACCUGGGAUUCACGCAUACUCCGUCUCUGACCUGAUGCCUGCAACCAAAUAUGAAAUCUGUGUAACCAUUAAGAACCAGGCACCACGUCCUGGCCAGUGCAUUGUGUUUGUAACAGGAAGUGACAUUACUGAGAUGGAGCAAAGGGAGAAGCUGAUUCAUAUAGUGGUGAUAGUUUUAGCCAUGGUGCUGGCUGUGCCUAUUGGCAUGUAUGCCUGCACCACUGAUACUAAGUUUGCCUGUCUGGAAGGACUCAUGGACUCAUGGAAGAACCGACGGAGAGAAAGCAGCUCAUCAGGGGUGGAGAGGGAGAGGCAAGGCACCUUCGACAGCCUGCAGGCCGCCAGUGACGAGGACCUGGUCAACAAAGAUUCAAAUGACAACCGGAAGGUGAGGCGAAGGUCAGAGGACAGGCAGCAUAAAGGCAAAGCUGACCACAGCAGACUCACAGCUGAACUAUAUUAA